AUUAUUCAUGUGUAAUCCGAUCCAGAGGGAGUAUGUCACCAAACAAUAUACAACAACCGGAGGGCUAACAAAAAGGAAGCAGUUGCGCGCAGUAUUCACUAGUCAAGAAUUGAAAUGUUGGUAAAAUAUUCAUGAAGCACUCUGCUCCUUCCCUCCACUUCCUUGCAGCCGCUGCUUUCACCGACACUACCGCUGCCGCCAUGUCCGCUGCUCAACCAUUCCGAGGAGGCCGGGGCCGGGCCCGGAGAAACUUCUCGCACCGUCCAACCGGUGAAGGAAGUGAACAAGACAUUGUAACUGGAGACUCUCACUUCAAUUCCGUUCGCGAACCUAAUCGAAAUCUCCGUCCUCCCAAUUUUCGACCUUUCCGGCCUAGGGCAUCAACGCCUAAUAUCCAUCCUAAUCAGCAUAUUUAUGGACAAUUGCCGCCUCCGCAACCGCGUCUACCUUUUAAUCACAAUCAGCAAUCCUAUAGAGCAAUGCCACCGCCACCAGGGCUUUAUCAGAAUCAGCAGUUCAAUAGAGGAGAGCCGCCGCAAUAUUAUCAGAAUCAGCAGCUCAAUAGACCGAUUUUUUAUGAGAAUCAGCAGUUUAAUAGACCGAAUUAUUUUGACAAUCGGCAGUUUAAUAGACCGAAUUUUUAUGAGAAUCAGCAGUUCAGGCCGCGGCCAUCGCCUCCCAAGGCUUUGAACUUUCGGAAUUGGGAAUAUGCUAGACCUGGACCUCCGCUUCAUUGUGAACGAUUUACAGUCUUAUCAUACAACAUACUAGCUGAUUACCUUGCUAUUGCUCAUCAGAGAAAAUUUUAUUUUCACAUACCACAACAUAUUUUUGACUGGGAAUGGCGUAAAAGAAGUAUCCUUUCUGAGCUUGGAUGGUGGUCAGCUGAUAUAUUGUGUUUUCAGGAGGUUGACAGAUUCCAGGAGUUGGAGGCAGAAUUGAAAUUGCGUGGAUACAGUGGCAUCUGGAAGAGGCGUACCGGAGAUCCAGCUGAUGGAUGUGCAACAUUUUGGCAUGCAUCAAGAUUCAAGUUGGUGCAUGAAGAAUUUAUUGAAUUUAAAAAGUUUGGGCUUCGGGAUAAUGUUGCCCAAAUAUGUGUAUUUGAGUCUCUAGGUCAUCAAAAUAAGAGUUCACCAGCUCCCUCAGCAAGCCCUGGUCACUCCAACAAGGUUGUAAUUUGUAAUACUCAUGUGCUUUUCAAUCCUAGAAGGGGAGAGAUUAAGCUCGGACAGGUUAGGGUGCUUCUGGAUAAGGCUGAUGGUGUUUCAAAACUUUGGGACAAUGCUCCCAUUGUGAUUUGUGGAGAUUUUAACAGUACACCGAAGAGUCCAUUAUACAACUAUAUUGCCGAAGAAAGACUAGACUUAUCCGAAGUCCCUCGGGAUAAAGUGUCAGGACAGGAAUCAGCUACAGUUAAUACAGUGAAGCGGAGCCUCAAUGCUAAUGCUAGACACCAGGAUACAGUCAACUCUUCUCAAAGCUCCGAAGUGGCUAGUGAGAAAGAGGUAAAACACAAUAAGAUGGCAUUAGGUGAACAGAAACUCAAUGCUUCAGAAAAAGAUUCAGUAACUGCCUCUUCUGCUUGUACCUUGUCUCAGCCUCAAAGUUAUGUAGAAUAUGAGCCAGUUGAAGGUAUGAGACAUGAAGUCAGUUCAUUAGAAUCUUGUCAAGAAGAUGAAUAUUAUGAGGACUCUGAGAGUGGAUAUGACAAUGCCAACCCUAUUGCCACACCUACCUCUUCUCACAAAAACUUUGAAGCAGAAGUGCGUUCAGGAACCGACGCAUAUAGAAAAAAGGUAGGGCAGUCCAAAGUAGGUGAUUUUGGUUCUGAAAAUGUGGCGAGCAUUCACGGACCUACAAUAGCCAAUUGUUCAGAUGUGUCAUCAAUGGGGCUAUGUUCUGAUUCUUCAAAUGUAAAUGAAGUUUCUCUUCUGGAAAGCUCUGAAAGUGUGUUGUCAAUUGGUAAAGAGAGUUCCCCUAAAAUAUCACGUGAACUUAAAAACUCAUACACAGAGACUUGUUUUGAUGUUCCAUUGGACGAAAAGAUGGACAACUUGUCACUUAAUGGGGUCUCCGAAGGCACAAAAGAAGAUAAACUCUUAGGCGAAAAUCGUGAAGCAUUUUUGUCCCAGUUACAUGGUGAAUCUGGUUCCUUUCCAUCAGACACUCUUGAGGAAUUGGAUGAGUCAUUAAAGAAGUGUGACAGUUCCUUAGAGUUUCGUCCUUUAAGUGAAGAGAUUGCAGAUGAUGCUCCUGAUUUGGAUUCUGAGGUUGUUGACACGGAGAAGAUUUACGAUCCAUCAGUUUGGACUCCAAUUGAUCUAGAAACUGCUACAGGCAACACAGAUUGCACAGUACUGGAACAUAAUCUGAAGUUGACAAGUGCAUAUAGAGAAGUAGAGUUGCAGGGUUUUCCUGGAACAAGAGAUUCAUCAGGAGAACCUGAGGUGACCAGCUAUCACAGACUAUUCAUGGGUACAGUUGAUUAUAUAUGGCGUUCUAAAGGCCUUCAGACUGCGAGGGUGCUUGCUCCGAUUCCAAAAAACGCCAUGCAAUUUGUGAGAGGUUUCCCCACUAAGAAGUGGGGAAGUGAUCAUAUUGCUCUGGUUUCGGAGUUCGCCUUUACAAAUGAUAUAUCGGCUCACGAUACUAGCAUCCAAAAGAAGUAAAAUUCUGUUCACUCCAAAGGACUAUAUGAGUUUUCAGGUGAAUCAAAGUUGAAGCUUUUUCAUGCAGUCCUUGGAGGAGGGCUGGUCUUCUGCAUACAUGUUUUGGUACCGUCUUUUCUCUUGAAUUUGGAAUUUCAUCCUUCAAUUGAAGGAAUUUCUACAAGUUAUAGCCCGACGAUCCGUCUUAUAGUUCCAUCCUUUGGAGUACGUGAACUUUUUGUUCUUCCAGGCGAUGAGGGAUGAGAUUCAUGUUCUUUCAAGAUAGUUCUGCAACACAUUUUGGGUUUGAAAACAAUAAUCUUUUCAGUUCUUCUGCAUAGGACAAUUUUUUUUAGAGUAAAUGACAGUAAUCCUUUUGGUUAUCUUGUGUAUCAAUUAAUGACAUUCCAGCUUUGUCCACUGCUUUGACGAAAGGGGAACAUUAUUUUUUAACAGUAUAAAAUUACGAUACAAUUUAGUGAGAAUUUAUAGAAUAAUACAAUUACUUGUACAUCAA